GUUUGUAUUUACUUUUAUUUUUGCCCUGUCAAGUCAGUGUCCUAUUGAUUUUGAAGCUUAAAAGUGAGAGCUUUCUUUGAGGUUAGUGUUCUUUCAUAGACUUUUAUGUCCAAAGCGAUCAAGGGAUCAUCACUCUUCUUGGAUAUUAUUUACCUUGGAAACUGAAGAUGGCAUUUUCUGCCAUUUACUUUUUGGAUAAUAAAGGGCAGGUCCUUAUCUCACGCAAUUACCGAGGAGAUGUUGAAAUGUCAGUGAUUGAGAAGUUCAUGCCUUCACUUCUAAGGAAUGAGGAGGAUGGAGACUUGUGUCCUAUUUUAAAGCAAGACCAAGUCUAUUUUCUAUGGAUUAAGUACAAAAACAUCUACAUGGUGUGUACAAUAAAGAGAAACACCAACAUUUCGUUGUCAUUUUCAUUUCUCUUCAAAGUAAAGCAGAUUUUCAUAGAGUACUUUGGAGAUCUUGAACAGGAGAGUAUAAAAGACAAUUUUAUUCUAAUCUAUGAGCUCCUUGACGAGAUUAUGGACUUUGGCUACCCGCAGAUCACUGAAACCACGAUCCUGCAGGAAUAUAUUACACAGGAAGGCUAUAAAUUGAAGAAAGGGACACCUAGACCGCCGGCUGCUGUAACCAAUGCUGUAUCCUGGAGAUCAGAAGGAAUCAAAUAUCGCAAGAAUGAAUUUUUCAUGGAUAUCAUUGAGUCAAUUAACCUCCUGGUGAAUACACGUGGCUGUAUCGUCCACAGUGAGAUUCUGGGACAAAUUCUGAUUAAUUGCUGCCUGAGUGGGAUGCCUGAAGUGAGCUUAGGCUUCAAUGACAAUGCUCUUUUCAACCAGAAUUCAAUAAAUGCUAACAUGGUGGACUUUGAAGAUAUAAAAUUCCAUUCGUCUGUUCGGCUAUCUCGCUUUGAGAAUGAACGUGUCAUCUCCUUCAUCCCACCAGACAAGGAGUUUGAACUGAUGUCCUAUCGAGUUACCAACCGAGUCAGACCAUAUAUAGUGGUUGAAGCAACUCUACAGAAAUACUCGCAUAGCAGAAUGGAGAUCACAACGAAGGUUAAAGGACAAUUCAAGAAGCACAUUAUGGCUACAGACAUUGAGAUUAUUAUCCCUGUUCCCAGUGAUGCUUCCUCCCCAAGAUUCAGCACUAUUAAAGGUUCUGUAGAAUGGGCACCUGAGGACAAUGCUAUCAUCUGGACCAUGAAUUCAAUUAAAGGAGGGAAAGAAUUUGUAAUGAAGGCACAUCUGGGACUACCGAGUAUAGAGGCCGAGGAACCUGAAUCUAAACCUCCAGUCAGAGUGAAGUUCAAAAUCCAGUACCUAGCCGCAUCAGGUCUACAGAUCAAAUAUGUGCGAAUAAUAGAGAAGGGACGCUAUGAGGCAACUUCCUGGGUUCGAUGCCUAACAAAAAGUGGAGAUUUUCAGAUUCGCAUUUAAAAUACACAAUUGACAAGUUUCUGAAGAAGAUUGGGAGGAUUCCAAGUUUGGACAUCAUUCAUAAGAAGUUCAUUGUUGUCUGAAACUCAGAAACAAAGGUCCUUGGUACAUGGUUCAUUUUAGAUAAAAGACGAAACAGUACAGAUUUAAAAAAAACUUGAAUAAUUUUAUUACAGAGAAAGGACAGUUACUUCAACCAGUUCUGAAAUUACAUGUCUAUAGGCCACCAGGAUCUGAAUACGGCCUCAGGUUUGUGUUACUUUGACAGUAUGAAAAUACUUGUUCAUUAAACAAGUACGCAUGCACAUGGCUAU